AAAAAUUAAACGGCACCUGGAUCACUUGGUCUGACACUAUGGAGAAGGUUCAACAAAUACCAGUAAAUGCAAAAGCUAGUGAACUGAUAAUCCAAACAAAUGGAUCUGCAUGUCAGAGGUAUUUUCUGCAAACGUGCCUCAAUAAUAAUAUACCGCUUCUUUUUGUCGGUCCUACUGGAACCGGUAAAACGGCGGUAGUACUAGAUCAUAUGCUGAACUUGCCUAAAGAGAAGUUUCUGCCAAACGUCAUCAAUUUUAGCGCCAGAACAACUUCAAUGAUGACUCAAGAAAUGGUGAUGUCAAAACUAGAUAAGAGGAGGCGAGGAGUAUUUGGCCCGUCAAUGGGUAAAAAAUGUGUUCUUUUCGUGGAUGAUGUUGGUAUGCCCCAAAAAGAGGUUUGGGGGGCUCAACCUCCUGUAGAACUAUUGCGGCAGUGGAUUGAUCAUGGUCAUUGGUUCGAAAAAGACACCUCCAUGUUACAGUUAGUUGACAUUAUGUUUGUUGGUGCAAUGGGCGUACCUGGCGGUGGUAGAAAUGAAAUAACUGAUAGAUUUUUGAGGCACAUGCAGAUCAUUGGACUGGACUCUUUUGAUGAUAAUACAUUGAAUAAAAUAUUUGUCACCAUUCUCGAUUGGCAUUUCGCUAAAGGAUUCGCAGAAAAUAUUUCGAGACUCUCGAAGUUUUGUAUUGGAGCAACGAUAGAAGUAUAUAAGGAAGCCACUCUCAAUUUUCUACCCACCCCGUCGAAAUCUCAUUACACUUUUUCUCUGAGAGACUUUGCGCGGGUAAUCAAUGGCCUUUUACUGACACCACCUGCCAAACUGGAUGAUCCAGACAAAUUUAUCCGACUUUGGAUCCAUGAAACUUACAGAGUAUUUCACGAUAGACUUAUUGAUGAAAAUGACAGAAAUCUAUUAUUUGGAAUUGUGAAAAAAGCGUGUUACCAGAACUAUAGACAACAUAUGGAAAAAGUGUGUGCAGAUCUUAUUCCAGAAGGAGAAUCUAUCAAUCCGCAGCACAUAAGGAACUUAUUUUUCGGCAACUAUAUUCUUCCAGAUGCUGAACCAAAAAUUUACGAUGAGGUAUGA